AAGGGUUCCGGUUUAACCCGCCAAACCCCCCAACCGAAGCGAAACCCUCCCUUCCCCUCUUCGUUCGUGGCCAGAGCCCAGAGAGGGCCAUCCUCCUCCACACUCAGCCGUCGGAGCAUUGGCGAACAAAGACGAAGAACCUGAAAGUCUGGAGAGGACUUUGGGAGAAACUACUUUGUAAUGAACUCCUUAUUUAAUGCGUGUUCCACGGCUUUAUUUGCAAGGACGACUAGCGGUCUUGUUGCAAGGUGUUUAUCUCGUGGAUUCAUCAAUGUAUCCUGGAGACAAAGAGUUGAUCAUCAUGUUGCAAUCAUAACUGCAGAGAAUGGGUUUCUUUUGACAAGGUUUCGUGCUAGUUGUUACUCUACUCGUAAGGCCAGCAGUGUUGGUAAAUCUAAGACAAGGAAGUCAGAUUCUAAAUUGGAGAAAAUGCUGGGGGAGGAGAAAAAUGCUUUCUUUGUUGUCCGCAAAGGGGAUCUUGUUGGUGUGUACAAGAACUUGAGUGAUUGCCAGGCUCAAGUUGGAUCCUCGGUAUGUGAUCCUCCUGUCAGUGUGUAUAAAGGCUACACCAUGCCCAAGGAAGCUGAAGAAUAUAUGAUCUCUUGCGGGCUUAAGAAUGCACUUUAUUCCAUUAGAGCUGCAGAUCUAACAGAAGAGCUAUUUGGUAAUCUCGUGGCAUGUCCUUACCAACAACCACAUUUUUCCUUAGGCGAACCGUCGAGUGAUCACAUGUCUAAAAGAAGAUUUCAGGAAGUUUUAGGUUCGCAAACCGGGGAAGCCUUUGGAUUGACAUCUAUGUCAAGUGAUCCUGCAAGGAAGCAUGCUAAGUUGGAACACCUUGCUACUCAAGCUCUGUCUGCCAAUCGCACUUGUAUUCUCGAGUUUGAUGGCGCGUCUAAAGGAAAUCCUGGACAAGCUGGGGCAGGAGCUGUUCUACGAACUGAUGAUGGAAAUGUGAUUUGUAGAUUGCGUGAAGGUUUAGGCAUAGCAACCAAUAAUGUUGCUGAAUAUCGAGCGAUUAUUCUAGGGUUGAGAUGUGCUCUUAGUAAAGGGUUUACAAGUAUACGCGUUAUAGGUGAUUCCAAACUCGUCUGCAUGCAGGUUCAAGGUCUAUGGAAGGUGAAAAAUCAGAACAUUAGCAAGUGGUAUGAAGAAGCCAAGAAACUAAAAGAUAAAUUCCUCUGUUUCCAGAUCGAUCAUGUUUUGAGGGACUUGAACUCAGAUGCAGAUGCUCAAGCAAACUUAGCAGUGGAUCUUGCAGUUGGUCAGAUUCAGGAAGUUGACACAUAGUUUUGAGACACAAGUUAAAGGCAAAACAAAACCAGGGUGGAUGAGCCAAGAGUACAUUACCCUUCAACCCAACUGUCGAAACAAACUAUCAAGCGUUCAUUUUUUCAAGAUUUUUAACGAUUGUUUUUCUAAGUUAAAACUAUUUUGGAGGUUUUGGGAAGGGGUUAAAAUGAUAGUUAUUCGGUCUCAAACUGGUGGAGUGUUGUGCCCCAUGGAGACAGAAAUGUACUAGUAUUUAAAAUUGGUGAUAUUUUUAGGUUAGUAUCUAUACCAGUAAAAGGGUUUUACUUUUGGUUACCAUUUUUCUUGUCAAAUAAUCUGGUAUCUGUUGAUGCAAGCCAGGAUAAAUUUGUCUC